AUGAAAAGACUACUACAGCGACUACAAAUUACAUCAAGAAGAUUUAACUGUACAUUUCAUGCCUCAAAACCAGAUAAUUUACCUACAACCAUCCUCAAAAAUCCAACAAAUGAAGAACAGAUAAUAAAAAUCUCACAACUACCCCAAUCACUGAUACUAAGUAUAUCAGAUUAUUUCUCAGGUAAUUCAACUCAUUUACAUCAUGUAUUUUACUCAAACUUAAUUCAUAAUAAGCUGAAAAAGGCAUUAAAAACAGAAAAGAAAAAAUUUAUUGACUUAAAAAUAAUAAAAUUUACUUCAGGUAAUGGAGGUAAUGGAUCAAUAUCGUUUUUCAAAGAUAAUUUAAAAUCUUUUGGUCCACCAGAUGGAGGAGAUGGUGGUAAUGGUGGAAAUAUAUAUAUAAAUGUUGUUGAUAAAAACUUAAACUCAUUACACUACCUAAAUAAAAAGUAUAUAGCUAAAAAUGGAGAAGGUGGUAAAGGAGGACAAUUAGAUGGUAAAAAUGGUGAUGACAUUAUAAUUGAUAUUCCAUUAGGAACAAUUAUCAGAUGGAUACCUGAUCCAAUAGAGUUUAAGAAACAUAUACAGAACAAGGAAGGUGAUUCUCUAGAGGAUACAUACAUGGAGUUAGCAUUGAUAAAUGAUAAAAUCCAACUAAGAAGGGAAGGGUAUAAACCAGGUGAAGGUUGGUUAUAUAAAGAAAAUGAUCUUGAAUACUACAAUCAAAAGGAUUUUUUCCAAGAGUUAAAUGUCAAAGUUUCCAAGUAUGAUGAAGAAAUAGAAUAUGAAGAAAGUCAACAAGAUCAAUUCCCGCUUUUUGGAUUAGAUUGUGAUCAAAUCACCACCAAACCAAUGCUAUUUUUAAAAGGUGGUAAAGGUGGAUUAGGAAAUAUGCAUUUCUUAACUUCAAAUAUAAGGAACCCCAAGUUUUGUAAAGUUGGAAGGUUGGGGAUAACUGAAAAUUUUUUAUUAGAGUUGAAGUUGAUUGCUGAUUUAGGUUUAAUUGGAUUACCAAAUGCUGGAAAAUCAAGUUUAUUACGAGCUAUUUCUAAUGCAAAACCAAGAGUUGGUCAUUGGGAGUUCACGACUUUACAACCAACUAUAGGUACAAUACAACAUAGAAUAGAUUCAUUACCUUUCACUGUUGCUGAUAUACCUGGUAUUAUUAAAGGUGCUUCACAAAAUAAAGGUAUGGGAUUAGAUUUUUUGAGGCAUAUUGAAAGAUCAGGUGGGAUGUGUUUUGUUGUAUCUUUAGAAAGUGAAGAUCCUACUGCGGAUUUAGAGUUGUUAGUUGAAGAAGUUGGACCCAAAAGAAUGCGUGAUAAAAAUGUAUUAGUUGUUGCAACAAAAGCUGAUUUAAGUAACGAAGGUGAAAAUUUUAAGACUUUAAAAGAGCAUAUUGAAAUGAAAUACAAAGACUGGAAAAUUGUACCUGUUUGUGCUCCAAAAGGUGAGAAUAUUGAUAGGUGUUUACAAUUAAUGAGUGAACUUGCGGAAAAAGGAAGGAAAUAA